CUGCGCAGCCAAAGCACGUGUUUCAUGCCUGUAAAACGCUCUCAUCUGUGAGUGUAAAGCUGAGGAGGCGUGGAUAAAGCUUGAGUUACCUGGCCUAGACUUUCACCUGCGGAGAAAUGGAAAGAAUUUAACAAACCAGCAGCAGUCGAUGAGCCUGGAACAUAAAACCGUCGGCAUUCCACCAGAGAGAGAGAGAGAGAGAGAGAGAGAGAGAGAGAGAGAGAGAGACACAGAGAGAGAGGAGGAACUUGACGCUCACGGCAGGUUCACCUGAAAACAUUCAAUUCGCUCCUCCUUGAAAACACAGCGUUUGUAAAACCCUCAAUCUUGCUUUCAAACCCGAGAACGGGACGGCAAAGCAUCCUUGAUCUGAACCCUGACUAUGGCUCUCAGAUUUCUAACUUUACAGGGAAUCAGAAAGACCCGUCGAAGAGACCGAAACAGUGUGUUUGCGUGCGCAGGUGGACCGGUGUGGCCGAUGUGAGGUGGAUUUCUGCACUGAAUGGACAUCAUGGUCAGACCCCUGCGCUUGUGGAUCUUUAACGUGCUCCUGUGUUUCGGCCUCAUUUAUUCUCGACUCGGGGCUCUUUCUUCUGUGGUGGCUCUUGGUGCGAACAUCAUCUGUAAUAAGAUCCCGGGUCUCGCGCCCCGCCAGCGAGCCAUCUGUCAGAGCCGGCCCGACGCCAUCAUCGUGAUCGGGGAAGGGGCACAGCUGGGCAUCAACGAGUGCCAGUACCAGUUUCGCUACGGGCGCUGGAACUGCUCGGCGCUGGGCGAACGCACGGUCUUCGGGCAGGAGCUGCGAGUAGGCAGCAGGGAGGCAGCAUUCACCUACGCCAUCACCGCCGCUGGGGUCGCCCACGCCGUCACGGCCGCGUGCAGUCAGGGCAACAUGAGCCACUGCGGCUGCGACAGGGACAAACAGGGAUACUACAACCAGGAGGAGGGCUGGAAAUGGGGCGGAUGCUCCGCGGACAUCAAAUACGGCAUCGAGUUUUCCCGGAAGUUUGUGGACGCCCGGGAGAUUAAAAAAAAUGCCAGACGGCUGAUGAACCUUCAUAACAACGAAGCUGGGCGAAAGGUUCUGGAAGAGCGAAUGAAGCAGGAAUGUAAAUGUCACGGCGUUUCGGGCUCCUGCACCACCAAAACCUGUUGGACCACGUUACCGAAGUUUCGCGAGAUCGGAUACGUCCUGAAGGACAAGUACAACAAGGCGGUGCACGUGGAGGCGGUCCGCGCGUCACGUCUACGGCAGCCCACGUUCCUCAAGGUGAAGAAGACUCACGGUUACCAGAAGCCCUUGGAAACAGACUUGGUGUACAUCGAGCGCUCGCCGAACUAUUGCGAAGAGGACGCCAAAACAGGCAGCGUUGGGACGCAGGGGCGAAUGUGCAACCGGACGUCUCCACACACGGAUGGUUGUGACCUCAUGUGUUGUGGGCGGGGCUACAACACGCAUCAGUACACCAAGGUGUGGCAAUGCAACUGUAAAUUCCAGUGGUGUUGUUUUGUGAAAUGCAACACCUGUAGCGAGAGGACGGAGGUUUUCACCUGCAAAUGAACGGGAACGGGAGGAAGCCAGUUUUUUUUGCACAGCAGAAUGUAUAUUUGCUUUAACAUGAGAGUUAAAAUACUAAACUCUAUCAGUAGGUACGAGCCCAGAAGUACAUGCACUGACUCGCGCUCAAGGACUGCAGGAUACCAGUGCAUUCUGGGAUUUGUAGCGUUUCUAGGGAUUCGGCAUGAGACGUCGGCACAAGGGAACUCAUUUGAGUUGUGUUUAAGGAGCUCAGUGCAAAUCGAGGGAUGUAUAAAAAGCCUCCUAAAAUGCCAACUGGAACCUGGUAGAGUAUGUUAGUUAUCCAGUCACACUGGAUCUGUCUGUUUGAACACUGAAAAUAAAUUAUUAUAUAUUAUAUGUUAUAGGAACCGAAGUGCUAACGGGUAGAAAUGUGUUAUUUUGUA